AUGAUACCCGCAUCCGAGUUUAUAUGGUCCCACAAGAAUCCUUACCCUUCAACACCGAUCUCGACCACGACUUCUGCUUUUCUACUCAUAUUCUUCGGUAGAUGGACAUAUCGGCGAGUCCAGCAGGCCCUAGGUGAAAAGGACCCAAUGCGAACCUCCCGUCAAAUCUUCCUCUUUAUUACCUUGUGCAUAUUGCUUUUCCCAGCCUGGCGGAAGAAAGAUUAUGUUCACUUCCACCCUAUCGACAUGCUGCUGUACGACGCCAAGCUCCAUCACGACAGAUACCUCGAGACUGUUGGCGACACUGUUUCCCUGGGCGAAACCGUCGCUCGGUACCGGCAGAGAUAUAACCGCAAUCCUCCGCCUGACUUCGACGUCUGGUUUGAGUAUGCGAAGAACAGAUCAGCGCUGAUUGUUGACGAGUUCGACCAGAUCUAUGACGAUCUAUUACCGUUUCAAGCCAUUCCACCCGCCGACCUGAGAAGGCGGACCUGGGAAAUGGUGUCGAAUCCCUGGAACGAAAUCUCCGGGAUCACGAUCCGCAGCGGAGAAGCAAAGGUGCAGGAAAAUGUACUGCCCACGCAUCGAUGGAUGCUCGAGGGCGUGGCCGUCCUCAUCAACAGUUUCGCGCAAUACCUGCCCGACAUGGAUCUAGCGUUCAAUCUCAACGACGAGUCGAGAGUCGCUGUUCCGUACGAGCAGAUACAACAUCUCCGCCGACAGUCCCUCUCACAGGACAUGAGCGGCAGUGCAAGCUGGUCUGCCGACCGCGCAGCUGGCUGGCUCCCAAUCCCCGAGCAUGAAUACAGGGAAAGCGUCUUCCGUGAAAACUCGUGGCGCAACAGCUUCCGCAUGUUCGGCUCAGCGGGCUGUCCUCCCUCCUCGCUAGCAAGGAACUCUCCGCAAAUAUCAUCCCACUCACACCUCUGCGGCGCUUGCGUGGCGCCUCAUUCUUUGGGCCAGUUUCUCGCCAAUUGGACCGACGCCGCAGACAUCUGCCACCAACCCGACAUGGCGCAUCUGCACGGCUUCUACCUCUCCCCCGCAGCGUUCAAGGCCUCACAUCAGCUUAUGCCCGUCUUCUCGCAGUCCAAACCCCACGGCUACAACGAUAUUCUGUACCCUUCCGCCUGGAACUACAUGGACAAAGUGGUCUACAAGCCCGUUCCUCCAAGCGGCACACCCGGCGCCGAGGACGCCAACCCGGGCUUCCCAGACCCGCCCUUCUCGGCCAAAAAGAACGUGUUGUUCUGGCGCGGCGCGACUUCCGAGGGCGUCUCCUCCGAAAGCACCGCAUGGCGCGGCAUGACGCGCCAACGCCUCGUGCACAUGUCCAAUAACCUGACCACGCACCCGCACGACAAGGUGACCAUCCUCCUCCCCAACCCGGCCGACCACACCAAGUACAAGUACCAAACCCUCCCGGGCCCGGCAGUCAAACAACUAGGCUUAGCCACGGAUAUCGCGAUCGUGGACUUCAUCGCCCGCUGCGGCGGCCACGACUGCGACGACCAAAAGGCCGAGUUCGCCUUACUCCCGCCCUCGGACUUCCAGGCCCACUGGGGGUUCAAGUACCUGUUUGACCUGGACGGGGCGGGCUUCUCGGGCCGCUUCCUCCCCUUCCUCCAGUCGCACAGCCUGCCGUUCAAGACGGCGCUGUUCCGCGAGUGGUACGACUCGCGCCUCACCGCGUGGCUGCACUUUGUGCCGCAGGACGGGCGGCUUCAUGGUAUGUGGUCGACGCUCGCGUACUUUGCCGGCGUCGACGGCACGAUGUGGGGGCAGAAGAUCUGGUGGAAGGGCCACGACGCCGAAGGGGAGAUGAUUGCCGAGGCGGGCCGCGAGUGGGCGGGCAAAGUGCUCCGCAAGGAGGACAUGGAGUGUUAUUUCUUUCGCCUGUUGCUGGAGUGGGGCCGCUUGACGGACGACCGGAGGGACGAAUUAGGGUUUGUGGUGCCGUGA